GGGCGGGGCGGCGCGAGCGGCGGCGGCGGCGGCGCGGGGAGCUCGGGGCGGCGCGGCGGGCUCGGCUCGGGGCGGCGGGAGGAUGGAGAUGAAGAAGCGGUUGACGCUGGAGCUGCGCAACAAGAAACCGGGCGAGGUGAAGGAGCUGGUCCUUGAUAACUGCCGUUCGGACGAUGGGAAGAUCGUUGGUCUCUCUUCAGAUUUUGAGAACCUGGAGUUCCUCAGCAUGAUUAACAUCAACUUGCUGUCCGUCUCCAAUCUCCCCAAACUCAACAAACUCCGGAAGCUGGAGCUGAGUGAUAACAGGAUUUCUGGUGGCCUUGAAGUUCUAGCAGAGAGAACUCCUAACCUGACACACUUGAAUCUAAGCGGCAACAAGAUCAAAGACAUCAAUACCCUGGAGCCCUUGAAAAAGUUGCCAAACCUCCAUAGUCUGGACCUCUUCAACUGUGAGGUGACGAUGCUCAUCAACUACCGGGAGAGCGUGUUCACCUUGCUGCCCCAGCUCACCUACCUGGAUGGAUUUGAUGCCGAUGACCAGGAAGCCCCUGACUCAGACCCUGAAGCAGAUGGGGACGGACUGGAAGAUGAGUAUGAGAAUGGGGAAGAAGGUGAGGAAGAGGAUGAUGAUGACGAAGAAGAUGAUUUGGAUGAAGAAGUCAUUGAUGAUGAAGAAGAUGAAGAUGAUGAUCUGGAAGGUGAAGAGGAGGAGGAUGGAGUAGAUGAUGAGGAGGAAGAUGAGGAGGAAGACGGUGAGGAUGAUGAAGAAGAUGAAGCUGAUGAUGACCUUCCGCGAGGGGAAAAGAGAAAACGAAAUCUAGAGGAUGAAGGAGAGGAAGAUCCAGAAGAGGAAGAGGACGAUGAGGAUGACUGAUCCGAGCGAGCCAAUCAGUUUUACAGACUAUGACUGUGCUUGUCUUAACCUCCCCGUUGUGUCUGUGUGAGACUGUAAAUCCCCGUCUCCCACUCCUCCCCCCUUUGUAUGGCUGCAGCGUCCACAAUAUAUUUUUUUAAGAUGUAGAAUACUGUAGGCAUUCAGGGGAAUCUUCCAUACAAGGCUCACUUUCUCACAAGUAUCUCAUGACCAAAGGCUUUUCUCCGUUCUGUGGUUUGUGCAGCAGUUUGCAAAAAAAAAAAAAAAAAAAAAAAAAAAGAAAAAAAUCAAAAAAAAAAAAAGAGAAAAAAAAAAAAUUUCCUCCUAGGGUAUCUUUCGUGUCUGAAAUCAGCCUUGCCACACUGGACCCAGAGCUCCAGCUCGCCACCCCGCCUGACAGCAAAGAAGGCGUUCGCUGCCCGCGUGCCCUCGGACCAGCUUUUCUGCAGCCGCUGGAGCCAGCUCGAGCAGCGGGCGCCCAUCUGGUUCGCCUCAAUGGACUCCGAGCGCGUUGAUGGCUGAGGUCUCUCUGAUCAGAAAUCAUGGUGAUGUGAUCUCUGGAGAUGCUUGAAGAUACUUUAGUGCUGGAGGAUGCGGGGUGCCUGGGGUCUUGGGGGGGGAGGCGGGGGGGGGGGUUGGCUGCUUGCAAGACCUGGUACCUCUGACGACGCACCUUGCAGUAGCCCUGCACUUGCUUUCCUAUUUUUUUAAUAUUUUUUUUUUUAUAAACUGGAAUAUUUUUCCCGGUGGCCACCUAAUAACUUUCACUUGGAUGUCCACAUCGGUCUGAUUUUUGCGGCUGUGAGCGUCUUUGCUGCGCUGAGGCUUCUCCUCACCCCCGCAGCAGCCUCUGCCUUUGGGAAGAGAUAGGAAAUAGCAGGUAAAGGGAUACUGCACUCCGUCAAACUCCGUUUCGCACUGUACAGAACACGUUCAACCAGUAUCACUGUGAUGCACCUAACUCGGCGUUCCCCGGGAGACCGUGUUAGCCUAUAUAUAUUCUCAGGGUCCUUCUGCUAGCCAGUACCAGCUCUGGACAGUUGCCUCGGCGGUAGCCUGGUGUUCGCAUCCUCCUCCUCCUCCUCCUCCUCCUCCUCCUCCUCCUCCUCUUCCUCUUUCCUUUUCAGCGUGAAGAGCAGCGCGCUGCUCCGCUAUCCCGCUCUCCCGCCGGUGUCGGUGCUCUGCGGGAGCGCAGACGGUGCCCCACAGCUCGUCUCCCCCAACCCUGCGGUGGCUGGAAGGGGAAAAAGGGGGGGAUCCAGCCAGGCGUAGCUCUUCGCCGGAGGGUUUCUGACCCCUUGUCCGCCCUUCCUCUGCCUGGAGGUGUUCAGCCGGCACAUCCCACGCCCGCCUGGGGAGAACCGGCCCCGUGGCAUCCCAAGGGAUGGCGACGGCUCAGCGCUGGGUGCCAGGGAGCCGCGCUGGGGUGGGGGUAACUCCCGUUCCUCCCGCCGUGGGGGCUCCCCGUGGGUGCAGACGCACUGGCACUUUGUGGCGUUCCCCGGGGAUCGCUCCGGGCGAUGCGUCGGCACCCGGCGCUGGGAGACGGGGACUGGCAGCGGUGCCCUCGGAGGAGAGCGGGGUGUUGCAGCGCAUCCGAGUUUCUGUUGCUUUGUUCUGUCCUCGCUGUUGUCUCUUGCGUUGUACAGUCGCUGUAACCAUUCGGAGAAGAACUCGUCCUGUAAAAUGCAAACUGAGUAACUUAUAAAUGUUAAAGGAAUUUUAAAAAGAAAUUUCAGAGCAGCAGUUACUUCUAAUUUUUCCCUGCAUUUUUAGCAGAUUGUAUGGAUUUUAUAUUAGCCUAGUAACUGUCAGGUUUUGAUUGGUCAGACUAGUCCCAGAAAUAAGGAUCUCCAGCCCUUUUGUAUCUUUUGUUACAAAAUUUGGAUAAAACUUUUAAUAAAGACAUCAGUUUUUAAAAAUC